GGACAGAGAGAGAAGACAGAGAGAGAAAGAUAGAGAGAAAGAGAGGAUGUGUUAUCUGAGAGGACACGCGGGGGGAGAGAAAAAUGAACCGGACAGAAUUUCGCAAUCCUCGCGCAGUUUUCCUCUCCAAGAAAUUUCAUAUUUGAGGAAUGACAUGCUGUAACGCCCGCUAACACGCCUAGCGUUUUAUGACCAUAUGUCUGGAAGUAUUCUCGUAGUUAUGGUACGGCUGUGGAGAACAACGUUCCGACAAGAGCUGAACAUUUUCCUUAGCUGUCACUUCACUAAAGUCGGUUUAGAUAACCUUAGCUAGGUUUAUCGUUUGGCGAGUUUUUAAGCCAAAUUAGUUAAUUCAAAUAACUUAAAUCGGCUAUUGACGUUUAGUCCAAGUAUAGGCAGUAUGCAACCAGCUGAUAAUUGCGGCCCCGGGGCACCGGUUGAAGGGAACGUAAUCAAGGACUUCUCUGAAACCCAGUAUGGAGCGCUAUCUAAAAGACGCCUGCUCGUUGGCUUGGACUUACUUUGCUUAUUUGUAGCCUCUAUCCCGUUCUUUGCGUGCGAGCUCAAGGCAGUGCCUCCGUACCGACGGGGCUUCUUCUGUGGCGAUGCCAGUAUCACCUACCCCUACCUGGACGAUGAGGUCAUCCCCGACGGACUCCUCGUCGCUGGGGGCAUCAUCAUCACCGGGCUUACGAUCGCUCUGGGUGAGUGUUACCGGGUGCGUUUCCGCGGCGUCCACUCCAAAGCCUUCGUGCAGAACCUGUAUAUCUCCUGCCUCUACAAGGAGCUGGGCAGCUUCAUGUUCGGCUGCUGUGUCAGCCAAUCGCUGACCAACAUAGCCAAGCUGAGCAUGGGCCGCCUGCGACCUCACUUCCUGCAGGCGUGCGGCGUCACCUACGCGUCGCUCAACUGCACGCCGGGGGCCUACAUGACGUCGGUCAGCUGCAGAGACCCUGAGCUGGAGGAGGAGGCCAGGAAGUCAUUUUUCUCAGGCCAUGCUUCCUUUGCCAUGUACACCAUGCUCUACUUAGCUUUCUACCUGCAGGCGCGUCUGUUGUGGCGCGGGGCGCGUCUGCUGCGGCCGCUGCUCCAGUUCCUGCUGGUCAUGCUGGCCGUGUACACCGGACUCAGCCGCGUCUCCGACUACCGCCACCACCCCACCGACGUGCUCACCGGACACCUGCUCGGGGCCCUCACCGCCUACUGGGUGGCUUGUCACAUCUCCACCAUGUUCAAGAACUCCCAGCUGCCUCUGGACAACACACUCUCCAGCCAAACUGUUUGUUAGCAUGGAUAACAACAACAACUUGUCAACACAAGUGUCCUCCGAUGGUCACCGUAACACACACACACACACACACACACACACACACAAACACACACACACACACACACACAGACACACACACACAUGGGUGACCAUUCGUACGGUUUUCGUCUGGACAGUCCAGCUUUCGAGCCCUUUCACUGGACCUAAGUAGCAUGUGUUCUACAUUGACAUGCUCCUCUACAACGUCUUCAAUAGUAUGAAUACAAUCUCCACUGGGUGACUGUAGCAACAGAGCUAACCACCCCACCCCACCCCCACUCCACCCUACCCCGUCUCAUUUUUGGAGAAACGUUUUUGGAGAAACUUUUGAAGUUAUUUGCCCCUUUUGUCCUUGUCUUUUCAACACAAGUGUCCUCUGAUGGUCACCCUAAUACACACACACACACACACACACACACACACACACUUUCCAUAGACUGCCUUAUCGCAUAAAAUGGAGCCCUGUUCUGCAAAGGCAACAGCAUGUGAGGCCAUUACGUUGACCAGCCAAUAUAUACUGUGUUACACAUUGGUUUUUAAAGCACAAUGACUUCAUCAAGCCUUAGAGAUGAUGAAGUUUAUGAAUGUUAUCUUCAGAAUUGUUUUAUUACUCUAAUGGAUAAAUAUAUAUAUAUAUAUAUAUAUAACUCAACUGUUAUUAAUAUUUUUGUUUUAAACUGUGCCUUGAUAAUCAGAGACGAGUCUGUCCGCAUCUACAGUCUUCAUCGUCUGUUCCCCAGGAGUCUUCCUCAUGAGAACUCGACUCAAACUUGUAAAAUGUUCUUGUUUGUUUGUUUGUUUGGUAAGAAUUCCGCCCACCCCCAAAAAGCCACUGCCAGCAACGCAACGGUCGAACGCAGUUCAGGAAUCCAGCGAGUAUUUUUUUUAAGAAUUUAAAGAUGCCAAAACAAGACAGAAGGACAGAACUCUGGACUUUGGAACAUUCUACAGUUAUCUUUUUAAAAAAAAA